UAGAAGCAGAAACAUCUAGACGACCUGUGAAGCACCACAUGCCUGCUCUCUGUCUCUGACUGAGAUUUCAUCCAAGGUUUCACCGACAGACUAUUCUGUGGAGUCAUUACAUCACCCUGAGCCACCGACAGUCAGUGAACUCCUCUCAGAUCUCUGCAGCCUCUCAAGCUGUCACAUCAGGACUGUUUGAACAUGACGGGUCAGACUGUGGGAGGUGUCAUCCAGGACCUGAUGGCUGCGGAGGGACUGGAGUUCAGGCCUCUGGGUGGGGCCGGGUCUUUCACUGGUGAGGCUGUUUCCAUCCUGUCCUCCACAGGCCAGCUGGCCCGAACCCUCCUUGGUCACACCUUUGCCCUCAAACGCAAAGAGAACCUUGCCAUUGGUGAAAAUAAGGUUGGCAGCAGUUGUGAUGAUGACAACGGCAACAAUAUGCGCCGCAAACGGGAGUUCAUCCCAAACGAGAAGAAAGAUGAAGGCUAUUGGGACAAGCGGAAAAAAAACAACGAGGCAGCCAAAAGGUCCCGAGAGAAACGUCGAGCCAAUGACAUGGUGCUGGAGAGGCGCAUCCUGGGCCUGCUGGAGGAGAAUGCUCGCCUGGGAGCCGAGCUGCUGGCCCUCAAGUUUCGCUUUGGUCUGGUCAAAGACCCGUCUGACAUGUCAAUUCUGCCGCUGUCUGCACCCUUUUGUUCGCAUCCAACACCUAGCACAACACAAUACUACCAGCAUCACACUGAUGGACCAUCAUACCUCAACGCACAGCACAGCUCCAGCACCCCCCACAUCCACCCUCCACAGGAGGGUGCCAUCUAUGGACCGAGGGGAGCAGGGCCUCUCUCAAGCCACAGUGUGUCCGAAGACUCUGGCACAUCAUGUACCUCAUGUAGCUCAAACGUGGGCAGCCCAGUGUUUUGUGAUGAGACACUGAGUGAUCGUGGUGGGCCGUCUCCAAGAGAGCUGGUGGAGGAGCAGCAGGGCUAUGACUCCUACCUCUGUCCGUUGGAGGUCAACGAGAGUCAGUAUGUAAACAGACAAGAUUCACCUGAGGGUCUGAGAAGCCUCCCUCACAAGCUCCGCUUCAAAGCCCCCAGUGGGAGCAGCGAUGCAGGUGAGGUGUCCCAGUCCACUGAUAGCAGACACAGUGGACCACCUGUAGCCACACUGGGGCCAAACAUCCAGGUGAGGAACCACCAGCAGGGGGGAUGGGACAGUCGUGUGGAGAGUCAGGGUGUCUGGUCCAGGGAGGAGGCCUGCAGUGAACUUGGGCAGAGGUAUCCAUCCUUUGGAUGUUAUAAUUCCACCUCUCUGCAGACCUCCAGGGACACCAAGCAUCCGACGCAGGAUGUCAGUCUCUGGUCUCAGAUCAGCUGUCUGUCUCAGGAAGUAGCUCAGCUCAAGAAGCUCUUCUCUCAGCAGGUACUCUCCAAGAUCGCUUAAAACCUGAGCAGACUAAUAGGCAGAUAUACAACGCAAAUCAUACGGUUAUAAUUUGUAACACCUCCAUCUCACCUUGUUUACUCGACUCAGAUGUGGACAUAACAUUUUAACACAUUUUAGUCUUCUUUUGGACAACAUAUAGUUUUUAGCUUUUCAACUCAAAUACAGGAAUAUUAUCUUAUAAUAAAAAGCAGCAAAAAUGUAUGCAGUCUCAAAGAAGACACACAAGUUAGCUGAAAAAAAAAAUUUAUGGACUGUACUCUUGUUUAUAUGAUCUUGUGUGUCAUUUACUGCAUUUGUAAAGUAUCAGGUUUAUCUUAUGUCAGCAAGGUACGUAGAGGUGAGUAUUUCACUACAGAAUCAUAAUCAAAGUUAAAUCAAGUUUUUUUUUUUAUUACAACACAGCUGGUGGACUGAAUCUACACUACAUAUCAUACAACACCAGAGCAAACAUAAAGGACAUAAGUGAAAAACAUUCACAAGCCUACACAGCCCCACAUACCAUACAAC